AUGAACUUUGCCAUCCUCUUCACCUCUCUCCCUCUCCCCCCCCCUUCUGCGCACGGUGUUCCAAGCAGUCUUACACUUGCUGCUGAUACACGUUGCAGCACCUCUGCCUCCCUAGCUGGCAGCGGUGUUUGGUGUCGGGUGGAGUCCGAAAGCACCGGCGGAAGUAUGCGUGGGCUGCAGCUCUCUCGUCACGCAUGGCGGCCCCGUUUGUCCAGCGCGGCGGUGGCUCUGUGCACACCCAGUAGCUGCAUCAGGAACACGUCAGGAGCGGCGGAUGACGUCACCGCCUCGUGCACAAAUCGAGCAGCCUCUGCCGUGUACAGCACGCAGCGCCUGUACAGCACGACACAAGAGGGGCAAAGCACCAGCGGCGAUGCGAACAGCCACAGCAGUGCCACCGCGGGCGCCAGUGUGAAUGCUGACGCGACGACCGACGACGCUAUGGAUCUCGUUUGGUCAUACAUGCCGGAUGUGCACGGGCCGAAUCACGAGGCGAUGUUGACGAGCACCCCGCAUGUGGACAGUCGCGCAUCCGACGCGAGCAACACAGCCGCGUCCUCGCCGCCGCCACCAGUGUCGUACGUGUGGGUAUCUAUGCACAACAUGCCCCGCAACUGGCUGCAUGAGGACAUUGUGGAGAUGAUUCACCAAGUCGCCGAGCACGCAGACAUCGCCGCACCCGAGGCUCCCCGCUCGUCAGAGUCCGCGGCGGGAGAAGAGGACGAAGAGGGGCACACCGGUGAGGGCACCAGCAGCGCGCUGAACCACGUGUCCUCGCCGUUUGUGCGCCGCCUGCACAUCCCUUUUGGCCGCCGCACUGGUCUUGUGUACGGCAGCCCGAAGCUGCUACUCACCUCGCGGCAGCUCGCCGACUAUCUCAUCCAUGAACUCAGCUUCGACCCAGACGACUUCCGCAGCCGCGUGUACUUUACCCACACAAAGCCGGAAGAGUUGCCACGUGGCUAUCAACAGCAGCAGCAGCAGCCACACGAGGGGGGAAGUGCUGGAGGUGAUGCAGCCAACGGUGACGGGGUGGCGCACGUUACGUACACCCCAAUUGAGGAGACGGUGGAGCGGGAGCAGGACGACGCACUGCGCACGUUGGUGCUCGACCGCUACCUGUUCGCCCCGGACCUGCUCCUCGACAUUGCCAAGUCGCAUCAGCGGCGACUCGUCACUAAAAACGAGAAGGUACUGCUGGACGCCUUCGUCGACGGCGAGGAAGACAGCGAUGAUGAGGCGGAAGACGAAGAUGGCGGCAACGUUGAGGAUGACGACGCAGUAAGCGGCGUCAGCGGUGCCGACGGCGACGCUGAACGUGUUGCUGCUUCGCUCACGCGCCAUCAGCGGCGGCGGCGGCAGCGGCACCGUGCCACGUCAAAGGGCGGGCCUGGUAAGAGGCAGAAGUCGUCCCCCACACGACGUGUUCGGGCGGGUACGCAGAAGCAUCUGGGCCGCGGAUCCAUGCACAACAUGCCCAUCCCGAAGCCGUACGUGGCGGGCCGCAAUCUAUAG